AUGUUGUCUUAUCAUUAUUUAUUCAUUGGCUUUGCUGCUGCAGUGGCCGCAGCUCCUCCUCUUAAAUGCCCUCCCUUCCCAUCCUCCAUCGUUGAGUUUUCUUCUGGUUUCAAGCAGCCAAAACCACCAAUCGUCAAGCCAGAAUACACGGCUCACUUUGUACAGCACAAGUGGAAUGCCGAACUGUCACACAUCACAGUUGGCUACAUCGAAAAUUCUCCUUCCAAGAACUUCGUUCGUGUAGAUGAAGCUUUCGGCAGUCAACUUGCUUCGUCAUACUUCGACUAUUCCAACAUUACAAAGUCGGGGUUGGUGGACAAUACGCUGACGACUUACAACCAUCAAAACACCACCCCCAGCGUUUGGAGGGGCUACGUGAAUUCGAACUUUCCGAUCUUCAGCAAAAGCAUCUUGGUCGACUCCGGUGCUGUUUUUGAAGGGCUAGUUGAGCGAGAUUUCAACCCUUCUCCUGUUGCAGCGUGGAGUUUGAUGUACCAAGGCGCAAUCCCAGUCACUAUAUACGUGAACGAAUGCGCCAUCAUUGUAGGCUAUGAUUACUUCGCUCCGGAACUACGAACUCGAGUUGUUAUGGAGUUUUUAAACAUACAGGCAAAGUAG